AUGAGGACCCUGCUCCUGGCCUCCGCUCUCUUCAUGGGGCUCUUUGGUGUGGGAGUCCUCACUGCCACCGAGAGCCCGCUCCCCAUCCCGUACCACGCCUUCUGCAAAUCCAUAUGGCUUUUUGCAACUCCUUGUCUUCAAAUCAGCACCAAGUUAGAGCGCCAGAUUCAAGCUUUUAGUCCUGCAUUAGGGUGUGCUGACUGCCACUACACGCUGGUGUCAGUGACGCCUCAGUACAUCCAGGCCAACCACUCCUCCGCAGACGGACUCACCACGGAGAGGCUGAUCUUCAGGUUCUACCCCACGGUUAUGUCCGGAGGCUGUCGUGUAGCUGCCCAGUCUCAGUCUCUUGCCUUCUCCAGCCUCUUGGACAAUGGACUGAAUUACUGCAACCUUUACAGUCUGCUGUCGGCGAGUGGACUCAACAUCCAGCCCGACUUCUUGGAGCUGACCAAUGAGUGGGCCUGUCUGGGUUACGGACUGGCCACUUGUAAACCGUAG